UGCUCCGCCUCCACCAUGUCUGCAGCCGGAGGCGGCGGGGCGGGGACUCCCAAGGCGCUGCCUUCCUCCGGCCCCAAGUCCCUGCGGGAUAUGCCGCACCCGCUGGCCGCCUCCAGCAGCGAGGAGGCGGGCGGCGAGCUCACGCCCAGCCCGGACUUCCAGCUGCCGCGCAGCGUCGCUGACAAGGAUCUCAGCUUGCCCAAUGGUACUCCUGUAGAUACUUCUAGCCCAGCUUCCUCCUCCUCCCUUCUCAACAGAUUGCAGCUGGAUGAUGACUUAGAUGGGGAAAUGAGAGACCUUUUCGUCACUGUUGAUGAUCCAAAAAAACAUGUCUGUACAAUGGAAACUUACAUCACCUACAGGGUCACCACCAAGACCACACGAGCAGAAUUUGAUUUGCCGGAGUAUUCCAUGCGCAGAAGAUACCAGGAUUUUGAUUGGCUGAGAAAUAAACUCGAGGAAUCUCAGCCUACUCAUCUCAUUCCUCCUCUUCCAGAGAAGUUUGUGGUUAAAGGAGUUGUUGACCGCUUUUCAGAAGAAUUUGUUGAAACACGGAGGAAAGCCUUAGAUAAAUUCUUGAAAAGGAUUGCUGAUCAUCCGGUGCUUUCUUUCAAUGAACACUUUCAUGUGUUUCUUACUGCCAAAGAUCUUAAUGCUUACAAAAAGCAAGGGAUGGCUUUGCUUUCCAAGAUGGGAGAAUCAGUAAAAUAUGUCACAGGAAGCUAUAAACUAAGAAGUCGACCGAUGGAGUUUGCAGCCAUUGGAGACUAUUUAGAUACGUUUUCUAUGAAGCUUGGAACCAUUGAUAGAAUAGCACAGCGAAUCAUUAAGGAAGAAGUGGAAUAUCUGGUGGAACUUCGAGAGUAUGGGCCUGUUUACUCAACCUGGAGUGGGUUAGAAAGAGAACUGUCUGAGCCUCUGGAGGGGGUGUCUGCCUGCAUUGGGAACUGCUGUACAGCUCUUGAGGAACUGAGUGAAGAUAUGACUGAGGAUUUCCUACCUGUUCUCAGAGAAUACAUUUUAUAUGCAGAGUCCAUGAAGAAUGUGCUGAAGAAAAGAGAUCAGGUUCAAGCAGAAUAUGAAGCCAAACUAGAAGCAGUGGCCCUAAAAAGAGAAGACCGGCCCAAGGUGCCCACAGAUGUUGAAAAGUGCCAGGACCGAGUGGAGUGCUUCAAUGCAGACUUGAAGGCUGACAUGGAAAGAUGGCAAAACAACAAGCGUCAAGACUUCAGGCAGCUGCUGAUGGGAAUGGCAGAUAAAAACAUCCAAUAUUAUGAGAAGUGCCUUACGGCGUGGGAAUCCAUUAUACCACUGUUGCAAGAGAAACCUGAGACCAAAUAAGAAGCCACCCUUUCCCC